AUGUUAAAUGUCACUAAAUGUUGUCUAAUCACCGAUUAUUGUCCAAAUGAUAAAAAUUUGAAAAAUUCGAGAAAAAUUUUAGUUAACAUGUCAUUAAAUAUUGAAAUAUCGAAAAGUUUAUCCAAUAAUCAUUUUAUAAGAAUACAAAAAAAAAUAGUUGUAAUUUUUCUUUCGCAACAAAUGCUAUUUGAUAAUUUAAGAAAAGAAGAGAAAUUUAAACAGCGAAAACCAAAAAGAAUCAAAAUGAAAGUGAAAAGCAAUAAUGCGUCGUCACCUCUUGAAAUCGACGCACUUCGGGCUAAGAAUCUAUUGCAAACUUAUACAACACUACUACAUGCAUGUACUAUAUUAUUUUUAAUAUACCAAGGGCAAAAAAAUUAUUUUAUAGACAUAUUUGCACAACUUUCACAACCAAUAACUUCAAAGUUUAAAUGCUUACCGAAUGGUUGUUGUGAUGAACAUGAAUGGUGUCGAUUUUGGGCGUCUAUUGGUGAAUGUGAAGCCAAUUCUGAAUGGAUGCUGAUCAUGAAAUUGGAAAAAUUCUUUUAUUUGUUAUUUUUUUGGUGGAAUUCGAGAAGCCAAAAAAUCGAAAAACGUCUAAGAAAAUUAUUUCGAUCGACGAUUCUUUGA